AUGUUGGUACUGGUGAGUCUGGUGUUGAUAAUCGCGGCGCAGAACUGUGUAGUAAGGUGUGAGGCAAGACUCUUCAGCCUCCACCACACCUCCACCUGCUCAAAGAUCACCUUGUGGGCCAUCAAGGCUCUCAGCCAAGAGGGCUCAGAGUGGCUGCCCAGGAAGAAUGGAGGCCGCCUCAUAGUGACCACAUGGCUUCUGGCCUCCUUAGUGUUCAUGUCCUCUUACAGCGGCAUCCUGACGGCCAUGUUGACGGUGCCUCGGGUCACUAUCCCCAUAGACUCCCUGGCUGACUUAGCAUCACAGACUGAUCUUCCCUGGCGCCUAGAGGCUGAUUCAAUGAUGUACUCCUUUUUCGAGGAGUCAGAAGAUGACUUGGGCAAGAAAAUUUUUGAUGGGAGUUCUGGUACCUUCCUGAAUUGCUUUGUGGCGCGGCAAGAAAUCGCAAACGGGCAGUACGCCGGCAUCUGCGACAGCAUUACCAUCAUGAAGGCCAUGUCUUGGGAUUUUAGCACGACUGGCAGGUGUCAUCUGUACAUCUCUCGGGAGAAAGUUUACAGCAACGGGAUUCUCUCUAUCCCCUUCAAGACCAAGUCCAAAUACUUGUCUCAGGCGAACAAGAUCAUAUCGCACCUAAAGGAGACAGGGCAUCUGAACAAGUGGCUGUGGGACCAGAUCGCUCACCACUCAACCUGCCUCAAGUCUCCUGCGGCGGACAUCAGUGAGGGUAUCUCACCUCUUAAUCUUGAGGCCAUGUCGGGGCCGUUCUCGGUUCUGUUAGUCGAAGUUUCUGUUGUCCUCAUCCAUGAUUUGGUAAAUGACGCUCUAAAAUGUUCUAAAUAUCGGUUCUUUGAGAUCCGGUUCUGCGAUCUUUUUGCCGUUGUUGUCUCUAAGGUAGCUGUAUUCGUCUGUGUUGGUUCCCAUGAGAUUUUUAACUUUGGUCUAAAGGGCUUUGGGUUUUUUUAG